CCAUAGACGCUCGACGUCACCACCUGUUACGUUCUCAAAAGUACGCACAUACACUGUUUGUUUGUUUGGAGAUGCACGAAUAGUUUCGAUUCCGUUUAUCUUCUUCGGUGGCGUUAAGUCACGAAUGCAUCACUCGAUCUUCCACCACAGCUUAGUUUUGUGAUAAGAGUUGAGACACACGAUGUUUGACGUUUAAUAAAAACAAUGAGCGAUUUUAUCCGUACGGGAAUUGAAUUGUAAUAAGAUAAAGACAAGAGAAUGUUUGAACAAGAAAGCGCUAACAAUACGAACAAGUUUGUGUGUCCAAAUGACAGGCAGUUAGCCCUAAGGGCUAAACUGAAAACAGGAUGGAGUAUGAAAACAGCAUCGUUGGAGCGUGGCCCCGCUCCACAAAGGGACAAUUCAUUACCAUUAAGGGAAGACGAACAAGCAACUAUUAUAGAAGUAAUCAAGAAAGCUGAGCAAAUUGACCUUUUGGAACAGGAAAGGAUCGGUAGGCUUAUCGAUCGUUUGGAACAGCUUCAAAGAGGUGCUUUGGGACGUGGACCGAGUCAGUGCCUGCUGUGCGGAGAAAAAUUCAGAAUAUUGGGAGGUAACAAGGUCGUCUGUGUCGACUGUCGGAAACCCGCAUGUAACAAGUGUGCCGUUGAAGUAACACCAAACAUUAGAAAUAUUAAUAGUCCGUCAAAGGAAACCUGGCUCUGUAUGAUAUGUUCCGAAACGCGUGAAAUUUGGAAAAAGUCUGGAGCGUGGUUCUUCAAGAGCUUCCCCAAAUACAUUUUGCCGGGGGGUCAAUCAAAUCCUCCCAGCCUUACAUUUGGUUCGAGAAGAAAAUGGAACCGUAAUUCAUACCGCCCCGGGUCGAAUUUCAGACAGAGGGAUUUUAUUGAUGACAGCAGUUCAGACGACGAAUCCAAGAGCUGGAAUCGGUUACAUCAAAGAACCAACUCGAACACCGAAAGCACGUACGAUCCGUUGGAAAUUUCGCCACGUUCUCAAAAUCAGUUGCUGUUCAACAGAGAGUUUUCGCAUAGGAAAAGCGGAAAUUACACGCCAUUCACUCGUCAGACAAGUUCCGGUGAAUCGCAAUCGUCCAAGGAUACGGCCAGCAUUUGUACCAUAAAUACAACAACCGAAUGCAGUCGAUGUACGGGAACUUCAGGUGCAACCCUAACCGCAACGCGCACUUGGGACGAUCUGGCGAUGACUACCACGUCGAGCGACCAAGCGGACAAGGGUGGAACGGAUUUGGCUACGAUAUCAUCCAGGAGAGACUCGAUGGCAAGUCGUUCGAUGUCAGAGUUGAACUGGAGCGAUGCCCGCAGUGAGGAACGAGUCUCCCCCAGUUACAGCUGUUGCAACAACGCGGGAACAAUCUUUAAAAACAUUCUAAAAGCCUUUAAACACAACGACUCCUCUGUGGGAACUAUGGAAUUCUCCCUGACUUACGACCCCAUUAAACUGACUCUUCAUUGUGCUAUUUAUAGAGCCAAGAACCUACUCUCGAUGGAUAUAAAUGGAUUAUCCGAUCCAUUUUGCAAAAUUGACAUCCUUCCAACUACAAAAACCUCAACAAGAUUAAGAACCAAAACAGUACACAAGACAAGGAAUCCAGAAUUCAACGAGAAUCUGACAUUCUAUGAUAUAACUGAAGACGAUUUGGCUAAGAAGACGUUGCAUAUAUUGGUCAUGGAUGAUGACAAGUUUGGACACGACUACAUGGGGGAAACCAGAGUGCCUUUGGCGAAAUUGAAGAUCCAAAAUACGAUAUAUCUGACAUUGCCCCUUGAAGCAUUGCGAUCAGAACAGAAGGGCCCUCUUCCGGCUCCGGACUUGACCCAGUGGUUCGACGACGAUCUCUGGUCAAGAGGUCAAAUAUUACUAUGUCUUUGUUAUAGCACCAAAAGAAGAGCACUCUUGGUGACGAUCGUGAAAUGUGCAAAUUUACUACCUAUGGACAAUAAUGGAUUUUCGGACCCCUUUGUUAAAUUGUACCUUCGGCCAGAUCCCUACCACCGAAAACACAAGACGACAAUUAAGUGGAAAAAUCUAAAUCCUGUUUACAAUGAAGAAUUUGCUUUUGAAACUAGGCCGACCGAAUUGUCAACCCAGAGCCUUCAUUUAACAGUUUGGGACAAAGACUACGGAAAAAGUAACGACUAUUUGGGAGGACUUGUUCUGGGAGGGUUGGGAUCAAAGGGUCGUCGACUCAAGCACUGGCUAGACGUCAUCCGAUAUCCUGAUCAUAGACACGAAUAUUGGCAUAAUUUAACAGAUGAACCUAUAGGAGACUGAUGAGGAAUGUGUGCAGAUCACAGUUAAGAAAUGUUACAUUAUUCUACACUGUUUUUUGAGGGCAAAAGACAUAUAAAAUAUUUGGAUCGCAUUUAGUUAACCCUCUUCGUUCUGGACGUUUGGGUUUUGGAAUUUCAUUUCAAGUUGGUGAACUGUGAAUUUCACCUAGUGCGUGGAGUUUUCCUCUUCCUUUCCCUAUCAAUACCCUGGCUAUGGGCUUCCCUUAUUUGCUUUAAUUGUUUGUUACUUAAGAACUACGCUAGAUAGAGCAGUUAAAAGUUGGACCAAGAAUUAUCAAUACAUAGGCGUACCUACACUUCUAAAACCUUAAAAUCGUUUUAAACUGAACUCAACGUGACCCCGUGGACCGCAGACUUCUAAUGGAUGCUCAGUAAUUUAUGAACAUUAUAAGGGUUGAGUAUUGAGAUGAUUAACCUGUAAGACCUACAUUCGACUACUGAUUAUAACCAUAAAAACAACAAAUAAAAUUUCAACUCUUCAAUAAGAUUCCUAGCUAACCUCGAAAGAUCAUUAAAGAUGAGACUAUGUUGUGUUUCAUUCCCUCCUGCAAAUACUUGCUCUUUGUGAAUCGUGGAGUGGAGAGGAUAAUGUUGGUUAUUGAAAGGUAGGCGAGACACACAAGGUGCAUUUUUUGAAUUAAUUUUACCCACUACAGAUAACCUCAAAUUAAUGAGGAAAGAUUGUAGCUUAUGGUAGAAUACUGGUGCGCAAAACCAGGUUCGAUUCCCGGCAAGAAUGUGACGACUGCAACAAUUUUAACUUAUUAAUU